CAAAUAUUCAAACUCUCGAACGCGCUACGAGUAAUCGAUUUUUCUCGAGAACGAUUCUUCUCGCGAUACCAACUAGAGCCAUCACAUGUUUGGUGACUGGUGACAUGUUCGUCCUGUCUGCCGGCGUAAAAAUCGGGCGUGAAAAUUCACGAUUAUGUUAGCGAUAUGAGAUUAAUUUACAUGAGUAUUAUCAUAAUUUGAUCCCGCGAUUCAUCCGUAUCUUCUCCCUUCUUUUUUUAUUCUCGAGAAUCGAGCGCGAGAUAAGCACGGGAGAGGACCGCAGGAGUGAGCGCGAAGAUGAGUCUCAGUCUCACAAAGUUCUUCUCGAAAAAGAGGAGCGGUCCCGUCGACACCGUGGCCGCGGAGAUUGGUUUGCCAACCAACGUCUCGCACAAGUUUCACGUGAGCAAGAAUGCGGAGACUGGUCAGCUGGAAGGUCUGCCGGACCCGUGGAUACGCUUGCUCAACACGCAGAUCUCCAAGUCGGAGCAGGACGAGCAUCCCGAUGCCGCGCUCCAGGCGAUCAAGUUUUAUAACUAUUCGAUCAAGCGCAAGCCGCCAGAUCAAGAGGUCUUCAAGCCAUUCGUCACGCAAGACUUGAUCGAGGAAGAGUCACAGGAGAUCGACAAUAUCCUGACCAAGAAGUAUCGAUCGAAUGACUCCGACGAUGACGUCUUGAUCUCCGAGAGACAGUCGACGGACGAUCAAGCGCAGAGGUUACCCGAGUUGCCACCAAAGGUCAACAAACCACCGAAACCGCCGCCAAAACCGGCGCCGCGCAAGUGCAACGACCGGGUGGAUAAAACGCUCACUGAAAUACUAGAGGACUUGAAUACGUAUCAGAUAGACGAUGAUUUAUCAUUGGAGAAAGAUGUCAUGUCGAGCGAAAUCGAGGAGAGUCCUAUCCUGCGUAGAAAAACUGAGUGUAUCGGUAUGAGACUCAAUAAGGAACAAAUAUAUGAGGAACUUAGGGCUAUCUGCCAAUGCGGAGAUCCUUAUUUACGCUUUGAAAGAAUUAAGCAGGUAGGUGCGGGUGCUUCUGGCACUGUGUUCAUAGCUACCGACCUACAAAACAAUCAGAAAGUAGCUAUAAAGGAUAUAGAUUUGUCCAAGCAGCCGAAAAAGGAAUUGAUAUUAACCGAAAUCAAAAUUCUCAAAGAGUUUCAUCAUCCAAAUCUGGUGAAUUUCCUUGAUGCCUAUCUUGUCGAUGAACAUCUUUGGGUAAUUAUGGAGUUGCUGGAAGGUGGACCACUUACAGAUGUGGUCACGGAGACUGUGAUGAAGGAAGUUCAAAUUGCAGCCGUUUGCAGAGAAGUCCUCAAAGCGAUAAACUUCCUGCACAGUAAAGGUAUUAUUCACAGGGAUAUUAAAUCGGACAACGUGCUAUUGGGAAUGAAUGGUGCGGUGAAAGUUACCGACUUUGGUUUUUGUGCUAAUAUCGAUGGUGAUGAAAAACGACAGACUGUAGUUGGUACUCCAUACUGGAUGGCACCAGAAGUAGUUACGAGAAAACAGUACGGCAAGAAAGUGGAUAUCUGGUCAUUAGGCAUAAUGGCUAUCGAAAUGAUAGAAGGAGAACCACCUUACAUGAAAGAAACUCCAUUAAGAGCACUAUAUUUGAUCGCUGCCAUUGGUAAACCAUCCAUUCCAAGAUGGGAUAAUCUCAGUCCAACGUUCCAAAAUUUUCUAGAGAGGUGCCUUGCGGUAGAAGUAGAUGAGAGGGCAACCGCCGAUGAAUUACUUUCACAUCCAUUCCUAGAAAACUGUGCGGAAUUAUCUACACUUACUCCAUUGAUUCGUGCAGCGCAAAAAAUUCUCCAGAAAGCAUUCAAUUAAAUAUUUCUACAGAAUUCCAAUUUGUCGAAUUCAUAAUACUGGCUCAUGCUCCAUUACUCUUUAUAUUGAAGGCUAAAAAAAGAAAGAAAGAAUCCAAUUAGUUAUUCUCUUGAUCUGUUUUACUUAAUUAUAUUAUAAUUAUUG